ACUCUCAUCAUUUUCAUCAGUCAGUUUCUCUUAAGUUGCAAUUUUUUUUUCUAUUAAUCAUCAUUCUUAUUGAUUUUAAUUAACUAAAUUGAUUAUCAACAAUUGAUUACUAGAUGUUAGAAAUCAUAUUAAUCAUGAUAGUUUAUCUUUAAAUUGUGUAACAAUCAACAGAAGUGAAAGAAAAUCACAAAACCAUUUUUCUUGUUUAUGACUCGCGGUUAAAACCUAUGUUUGUGUGUCCAUUGUUUAUGUUUUAUCACAAUACCUUUCUCUUUGUUUUCAAUUGAUUAAAUGGUCAUUUUUCCGGUAACAAUUAGUUGUCCAAUUGAUUAUCAACAAUCAAUUAAUCACUGCCAAUCAUUAAAAUACCAAUAAUAAUUUUCUUCCAUCGAAACAACAAACAACAAACAACAAACAUCUCAUCUCUGUUUUUUUUUCUGGUUUCUUCGGGUGGACCAAUGCAUCUAUUGACCAUAUUGUUAGUGAUAAGUGUAUCACCGAUAUGUUUCACUCAAGUAAAAAGCCCAUUGUCAGAAUUUAUAGCAGAUUAUUCAAGGGUUGUCGCAGAGGCACAAGCAAAAGGUUUACCAACACCCUCACACUAUGACCAUUUUAAAGUUUUUUACAAUAAAACAAACAAUAAUGUCUCAACGGUUACCUCAAUUGAUACAAAUGAGACAACAACAACAACAACAACACUCGUUUAUACAACAACAACAACAACACCGACUAUUGGUCCAGUUAAUGGUGACAUUGAUGUACCAGUUUCUCAGAAAUCAUUUGUGGUGAAUGGUAGUAACUCUGAUAAUGGAAUUAUCAUCUCUGAACCAUCGACAAUUUCAUUAAAUCCAUGUGAGAGUAAUAAUGCCAAUUGCUCACAGAUUUGUGUCUCUCACGUCAAUGGUACUUACCAGUGUGGCUGUAAAUAUGGUGUUCUAUCAGCCGAUAAUCAAACCUGUCAACCUCAGAAAAAAUUUGUCAUCUUUGCUCGACCCUUACAACUUGAAUUCUAUCCUCUUGAUGAUAGUUUAUCCGCUGCUCCACCUUAUCCACCGAUAACCGAUUCAAAUUUUUUGAAAAAUGUGAUCGCGUUAACAUUUGAUUAUGAGAAAAGUCGAGUAAUUUAUUCAGAUAUCAAAAGUUCAACGAUAAACAGUGUUUUCUUUAAUGGUACCGAUUUCAAAAUAAUCGCUGCAAAUCAGAGUAACGUUGAAGGUUUAGCGCUUGACCGUGUCACUAAUGAACUUUGGUGGACAAGUAACAAUGAUUCAUCAAUCUAUCGACUUAACCUGGAUAAAGGAAAGUUUCCAGAGAAAGUAAUUAGCCUUGGACCAGAUGAUAAAUUGCGAGGAAUUGCAGUCCAUGGAUGUCGAUAUAUGGUCUAUUGGGCAAAUUGGAAUCACAAUAAUCCCUCAAUUCAAUGCGCUUUUCAAUCGGGUUACAAUAAAACCUCAAUCAUAACAACGGACAUAAAGAUGCCCAAUGCUGUCACAAUUGACCAACAAGUGCAAAUGCUUUACUGGAGCGAUGCCCGAUUAGAUAAAGUGGAAAGAUGUGACCUGGAUGGUAACAAUCGUUUCGUUGUUGUCUCGAAAACACCUAAACAUCCAUUUUCCCUUGCCGUUUAUGGUUAUCACGUUUUCUGGACUGAUUGGGUUGCUCAAGGUGUUUAUCGAGCCGAUAAACAGGCCAAUUCUGAACCUAAACUAAUUGUCAGUAAAAUAAACAGUCCCAAAGGUAUAACCAUUGUCGCUGAAGAUGUUGACGAUUGUCGUAAACACCCGUGCUCAAUACUCAAUGGCCGUUGCUCCGAUAUAUGUACAAUGACCGUUAACGCUACCGUUGAGUGUAGUUGUUUCAGCGGUCGUGUUAUGCUUGAUGGAAAUUUGUGUAUUAAUGAAGAGAUUGCCGCUAAAUGGCGAUGUAAUUCAACGCAAUUUGAAUGUGAUGACGGAACUUGUAUUCCCAUUGAACUGACCUGCGAUUCAAGAAACCAUUGUAUCAAUGGUAAUGAUGAAGAUGCCAAACUAUGUGCUAAUCGUGAAUGUCCAUUUGAUUACUUUAAAUGUGACACUGGUACUUGUAUUCUUAAUCAUAAAAUAUGCGAUGGUAUAGUUGAUUGUCGUGAUCAUAGUGAUGAAACUAACUGUACCUGUCCUGGUGAUGAUUUUAGAUGUCCAAAUGGACCUUGUAUUCCGAUUAGUCGUCGUUGUGAUCGUGAUGCUGAUUGUCCAGGAAUGGAAGAUGAAUUUGACUGUCCAGUUCCCGAUUGUGAAGCUUUUAAGCAAAAAAUUUCCUAUGGAGAUGAGACUAAAUUUAUUAAUUGUAAUCGUACACCAAUUUGUAUUCACCCUGAUUGGCUUUGUGAUCAUCAAAAUGAUUGUCUUGAUUGGUCAGAUGAAGCAGGAUGCCAGCCGAAAGUUAAUUCAACCAAUGUUACAUGUGAUGCUAAUUGGUUUCAAUGUAAAACCGGAUUAUGUAUUCCAAAUACAUGGAAAUGUGAUCGGGAUAAUGAUUGUGUCAAUGAAAAUACAACUGUCACAUCGGAUGAGCAAGAUUGUACCUACAAGUGUCACAUUGAUCAAUUCCAAUGUGCUAAUCAGGAUUGUAUUCCCGCCGACUGGAAGUGCGAUGGACACAAUGAUUGUCAAGACGGAAGUGAUGAGAAGAUUGAAGUUUGUCGAGAGAGACCUUGUCCAGCCGAUCACUUUAAUUGUUCAUCACAUCAAUGUUUACCUAUGCGUUGGGUUUGUGACGGAGAAUCAGAUUGUGCUGAUGGAAGUGAUGAAAAUCCUCCCGGUGGUUGUAAUUACAAUUCAACGUGCAAAGAAACUGAAUGGAAAUGUGUUAAUUCAGUUUGUAUUUUAAAGAAAUACUUUUGUGAUGGUGAUGAUGAUUGUGGCGAUAAAUCAGAUGAACCCGAUAAUUGUCAAUCUCACCAAUGUCUUGGUGAUCAAUUUACCUGUAAAAACAAAAAGUGUAUACCCAAAUUGUGGAUAUGUAACGGGAUUCCCGAUUGUAAUGACGGAAGUGAUGAGGAUGCUGAUCUUUGUUUAUACAAAAAUAAGACAACACAAAACUGUCAAAGUGAAUAUUUCCAAUGUGCCAAUGGAAAUUGUGUUUUACCCAGUGUUUUAUGUGAUGGGAAAAAUAAUUGUGGUGAUUAUUCAGAUGAGAAUAAAUGUAAUGUCAAUGAAUGUCUAUGGAGACAAUCUGAUUGUUCACAGAUUUGUGAAGAUAUGACCAUUGGUUAUAAGUGUAGUUGCCAUGAAGGAUUUGAACCAAUCGAUGGUGGUAAAGUUUGUAAAGAUAUCGAUGAAUGUAAAACCCGUCGGCCAUGUUCACAAAUUUGUCGAAACAAUUAUGGUUCAUUUUCCUGUUCCUGUGUAUCUGGUUAUCUUUCACCCGACAAUGGUACUACAUGUAAAGCCAAUUCUGAAAUUGUACCACAUCUUAUAUUUUCUGACAGAUAUUCAAUUGCCUAUUCUGAUUUGAAAGGACACAGUUCAAAUCUACGGGUAGACAAUUUAACUAAUGCAAUUGGCCUUGACUUUGAUUGGCAAGAUAAUUGUAUUUAUUGGACGGAAGUUCAUCAAUUAGGAAGUAGUAUUAAAAAAGCUUGUGCCACCGAUCGUAAUGAUACAUUAAUUAAACCAUCUUCCAUUGUUCAAAUACACACCAAUCUAAUCCAAAGUCCGGAUGGUUUGGCCGUCGAUUGGUUUACCAAAAACAUUUACUGGAGUGAUAAAGGUCGGGUUACCAUAGAGGUUUCAAAGAUGGACGGAAGCUUUAGACGGAUUCUUUUGCGUAAAGAACUUCAAACACCUCGAGCUAUCGCCCUUGACCCAAGCGAGGGUUACAUGUAUUGGACUGAUUGGGGUGAGAAUCCUUAUAUCGGUAAAGCGGGUAUGGACGGAAGUAAACCAAUUCGAUUGAUUGAUGAAUCGCUUGGAUGGCCAAACGCACUGACCAUUGAUUAUAUCACUCGGGAAAUAUUUUGGGCCGAUGCUAAGGAAGAUUAUAUUUCCGUGGCUAAUCUUGAUGGUACUCGACGUCAGAUUAUCGUUCAUAAGGGAAACUCUCGUCAUAUUAGUAAAGUUUUUGCUAUCACAAUGUUUGAAGAUUAUAUUUAUUGGACUGAUUGGGAGAAACACGUUAUCGCCAUGUGUCACAAGUAUCAAUGUACAAAUAGUAGCAAAGUAUUAAGUUUAUCUGAGCGACCAAUGGACAUUCAUGUUUAUCAUCCUCUCCGUCAACCCACACCAAGAUUUGCCAAUCCAUGUAAUUUACUUAAUUGUUCUGGACUUUGUCUACUUCAACCUGGACCAUAUCAACAAGCGAUUGGUGUUUGUGUUUGUCCAGAUGAUUAUAUUCUUGGUCCAAAUGGACGAUCAUGUUUAAGUAAUUGUUCAGAUAGUCAAUUUAAAUGUAAACAGACAAUGAAAUGUAUUAGCAAAAAUUGGGUCUGUGAUAAGCAUGAUGAUUGUGGUGAUGGUUCAGAUGAACCAGAACAAUGUAAAUCAAGUUCCUGUGGUUUAAAUUUGUUUACCUGUAAGAAUGGUUCAUGUAUACCCGUUAAUCAGAUUUGCGAUGGAGUAUCCCAAUGUUCAGAUGGAUCUGAUGAAGAGUGUGGUCAAAAUUUGAUUGAUCGAUGCGCUGAAUGUACAGAUGAAGGGUGUAAAUCAAUUUGCUUAAACGGAGGUUCGUGUCUAUUAGUUGAGCUUCAAGCCAAGUGUAUCUGUCCAAAUGGUUAUAAUGGAUCACGAUGUGAAUACAAUGCUUGUAAUUGUAAACAUGGUGCUACUUGUUUAGCCUCAGGGGAACAGGGAAAAUGUCUAUGCUCCCCUGGUUUUACUGGUAAAUUAUGUGAAACUGUAGUGGACCCACUUUGUGACAAUUAUACCUGUUUAAAUAAUGGCUAUUGUAUGGUCAAGGCUAAUAAAACUUACUGUGAAUGCCCUGCUGGAUGGACAGGUAGCAAAUGUGAAAAAGUAACCACUGGAAGUGAAAUUUGUAACCAUUUUUGUUUGAACGGUGGCAAUUGUACAUUACCAGGAGGUCAUUUCCCUCCGAUCUGCAGAUGUCCAGUCGGAUGGAGUGGACCUCGAUGUCAAGUUUUAGAAAAGUGUAAAAGUUACUGUCUCAAUGGAGGUUAUUGUAAACCCGAUUCUCAAAAGCAACCAUAUUGCACCUGUUCACCUGGUUUUGAAGGAAAAAGAUGCGAUAAACUAAAAAUAGCGCAAAACACUGGCACUGAAACGAUUCCUCGAGUCAAUCGACAAACACCAGACUGGAAAGUUGCAAUGACCGUGAUAACUACUUGCAUUAUUGUGGUCACUCUUGUUUUCUUAAUCAUGUUUGCAUUGAGAAUCAGAGCCAGGAGUCGGGCUUUCAUGCACCAAAGGAUUGAUGAAUCUGCGGCUAACCUUGAAAUAAGUAAUCCCAUGUUUGGAGAUGAUGGUGAAGAUGAUUGUUUCACUGCUUCAGAACAUCCAACUCAAGCAUUUUCACUUAAAUCUGAAGACAAGAGUACAAACUUCAGUAAUCCCAUGUAUGAAUUUCAACAGACGAUUGAUGAAGAAAAACGUAAUCUUCUCGUUGAGAAAAACGAUAUGACAGAAUUUCCUAAAGAUGAAAUGAACGGCGAUGUCAGCGAAGUUACUUCAAGAAACGAUCUACCAAACAGUAGUAAAUCAUUCAAAUCCGACUCAUAAGAUGGACGAUGGUCAUCAUUACUCUCUCUCUCUUUUCUUUUCUCAUCUAAAGAUUCACUUUUCCUGGUCAACCGUUGCCAAAGCCAAAGAAUUUUGCAUUUUAAAUGCCCUUGACCCUUUUCAACUGAGAGUGGACACUCUUGUCAACCUUUAGAAUAGUUUUUCUUUGAUUCACUUUUUUUCCUUUUUUUAAGUUCAUCAUUUGUUUAGUUUAAAUGUGAUUCCUCAACUUUACUACUCCUGUCACUUGUUGAUUCGCACCAUUAAUCAAUCCUCUCCCUUUUUAAUCCUCUCUUAAUCUUAAUCCUCAUCAAAGUCUCUAAUCCGAAUCCUUAAAAUCUUAAUUAAUUGCGAUUGCAAUUUUACUAAUUAACUCAAUAUUGUCAUAAAUUUGAGUCUUCCUCACAAAUACCUCUUUUAACCAAAUGAACAUUGCGACAAUUUAAUAACUUAACAACUUCCAAUGUUAAUUUAACAUCUCUCUCACUCUCUUUUCAUUGUGCUAAUAUUAUGUCAUAAUCUUUUGGUGACAAAAAUCACUAAUUUUAGUCAAUCGAUUUGUGGUCAUUUAAAGUCCGAAAAUCUUUUUCUUCCUCCUUUGUAAAUUUUCAUAAUCUCUUGGCCCUUUUUCAUUAUCAAGAAAAACGGUAAAUGUAAAAUCGUAUAAAUAACUUAAUUAAUCAAUCAAUUAACUAUAAAUAAUAAUAUUCAUUCAUAAAUAACAAUAACUUUUCUUACAAUUAACUUAAUUAAAGUCUAUUAACAUUA